AGCUUAGUCCGUGAUGCUGAAGAAUGUAAAUCCGUGCAGUAGAUUUCCUCUCACUAAUCAUCUUAUUUAGCGACGCAAAAAAAAAUCAGACGAUCCUUAAAAUGCAUCGACAGAAUGUGACCAACAUGUGACGAUAUGACUGACAGGUGUGUAACCGCGUUGUGUUUUUCUAACUGGGAUGAUUUUCGCUUAAGGAGUUGCAAGCAUAGCGUGUUCACAAAUGACUGACCCCCCCAGCUAAGUAGGCAUAUUGUAACUGGAGCAUCUCAGUACUGGGGACCGUGUCACCAUGAAGGGGCCCAUAUCCAGAUGGGCCUUCUCCCUGGGCUUCUUGGUGGGGGCCUGCAGCAUCUACUUUUUCCUGCGCCAGGUGUGGUUUGAGAGGAGCUUUUCUAUACUGUCAGAGGCUCAGGAAAGAGCCUCAGACACGAAUGUGGACAAACCGACCAACUGGAGGAAAGAUGGAGCUGCUCUCAUCAACCUGCUUCACCCUCAUCAUGCAGGUGAAGACAGCCUGGUGGCAGAUGCAUUGUACCAGAAGGUGCGGGUGCUGUGCUGGGUGAUGACAGGGCCGUAUAACCUGCAGAGCAGAGCCCAACACGUCAGGGCCACGUGGACUCAACACUGCAACAUGGUGGUGUUUAUGAGCUCUGUGGAGGAUCCAGACUUUCCCACUGUGGGCCUGGGCACUAAAGAGGGCCGUGACCAGCUGUACUGGAAGACCAUCCGAGCCUUUCAUUAUGUCUAUGAGCACCACAGCAAGGACGCAGACUGGUUCCUGAAGGCAGAUGAUGACACUUAUGUAAUAGUUGACAACCUGCGCUGGAUCCUGUCCAACCACACCCCUGAGGAGCCCAUCUACUAUGGCAAACGCUUCAAGCCUUACACCAAACAAGGUUACAUGAGCGGAGGGGCUGGAUAUGUGCUCAGUAAAGAAGCCCUCAGAAGAUUUGUGGAAGGAUUUCGGACCAAAGUUUGCACACACACCACCCCAGUAGAGGACCUGGCUCUGGGGCAGUGUUUAGAGAAGAUGGGGGUCCUGGCUGGGGACUCUAGAGACACUUUGCAGCGAGAAACAUUUCACCCAUUUGUGCCGGAACACCAUUUAACCGGCAAGUUCUCCAAGAGCUUCUGGUACUGGAGUUAUUGUUACUACCCGAUUGUUGAGGGUCCCCAGUGCUGCUCUGACCUGGCAGUAUCUUUUCAUUAUGUGGAAGCAGAGCUGAUGUACACACUGGAGUAUUACACCUACCACCUCAGAGCUUACGGUUACAGGCCACGGUACCGACCUCCGCUACGCAAGGGUUUCAGCCUCAGCCCACUCUCACACACAGCUGUGACGGCAGGACUCAAGGCACUUCAGGAGGUGACGGAGGGAAGGAGUCACAUGACUGCAGCCUUCUCCUUCACCGGAAACCAAACCAAAGCAAAGACAAGGCCAGAAAAAGAGGGGACGCUAACGAAUGAUCCAAAUCUACGUCACAUGGAGAACACAACAGCAGUCAUACAAAAACCGCAGCGCUGAUCCUUUUUUUUUUUUUUUUUAUUGGGAUUUUUGUCUUAUACUCCCACGGAGAAAGCAGACAAAGGAAAUCUAAAAUCUUUCUGAGGUUUUGGCUAAUUUCUUUUUUUCUUUCUUUUUUUUUUUUUUUUUUAAAUCAUACCAUGAUGCUGCACAAAAAGACACUUGGUCUUAAUGGAGGCCCAAAAAUUACAGCCACAGAAUUCCCCAACUGACAAUUUUUGUGUCAGUUAUCCAGUCUAAAAUCUUGACAGCUAUUUAAAGAAGCCUCCAAGCUGUUUAAAGACACAACUUAGUCAACUUAGUGUCUGUUAACUUUUGAUCCUCUAACAAUGUGAACAUAAAAUAAAGACUGAAUCAGAAAAAUUGUCUCUCUUGUUAUUCUGAAAUUCCACAUCAUAGAAUAGAGUAGCUGGGCUAAAUGAACAUGUAAACAAUUGACCACAACUGUGUAACAGGAUUUUAUUUUAAUUUCCAGAGAUGUUUAAGACAUGUAAAAUUAAGCAUUUUUUUAUCGAUUAAGUGGAUAUGUUUAGGAGGAAUCUAGGAAAAGAAUAUAUUGUGCACAGAAGCAAUUAGGAAAAAAAGUAAAUGAAGAAAUGGCAAUGAUUUUGUACAAUGUUUACAAAAAAA